UCUGUCAGAGGUCAUCAGACACACCCAAGAUGCCACACCGGCCCCACCACUUACAAGCUGUGUGAUCUUAGGCAAGUCACGUCAUCUGAGCCUCAGUUUCCCCCAUCCAUCAACUAGGAAUAAAAUGGUAGCUAGCUCCUUGACUUGCAGCGGGAAUGAAAAGAGUUAAUCCCUGCGAGACGCACACGGACUAGGGGCCGGCACGCAGGGAGCGCACGCAGCACUGCAUCGAUGCCAAGAUAGGUUUUUAGUAUCAGGGCUCAUUGUGCAGUCAGAGGUUAGCUAUUUGGUAUUACUGCGAAAGAAAGCCCAUCUCUGCUUGGAAUUUCACCAUUAGAGAUUCGGUCCUUGGCAUUUGUGGUCUUCGGGAGUCCCUGCUUCAAAGGCCCAGGUAACCAACCUCCAGACACCCUCGUAGCUCAACCACGAAGCUUUAAUCACCCAAGCUGGGACGAUGUCUGGACGCCAGGUAAGCCGUUCCAACACUUACAGCCGCUUGAGCCAUCCCAACAAUAUGUCCUUUCCCACCCACGCUCCAGGCUGCGCCCACGCCACCAGCCUGCACAGGGCUAACAGUCUCAAGCGCCCCCACGCUCCGAGUAGCUCUGGCUCAGAGUUCAGCAGCUGCAGCAACCACUCUGAGUGGUCCUACAAGCCCAGCUCCCAGACGCUUCCACUGAGGAGAAUCUGCAUGGGCCAACCCUACAACUCCAAGUGGGUAGAAAGCAGUCAUCUGAUGCAUCCCAAGGUGGCCAGAAAGUCCUCUUGUCGUGGCAGCCCCCACUGCCUCCUCUGUAUAGACCGUCCCUCGCGCCCCUCCAGCCCUACCUUCCUGGAGCAACUCAUCAGAGGCAUCAAGUACUUGGACAGAUCCAACGCCACCUUCUGCAACAGCUGCCCCAGACCAUCGCUGAGCCUGCCACGGCUUGCAGCCAGCUGCCUGGAACGCGCCGCCGACUCCUUCAACCUGGACCACCUGGAUCACCCCUUGCCCCGAUGUUACUCCACCCCCGGUGCCAGCAUGGCCACCCCUGCCGACUCCACCACCAGCACCUACAUAGUGCCGGCCCCCAGGGGUGCCGAGGCUUUGCAGAGCCUGGGCGACUCCACCAACACAAGCCUGCCCUGCUCUUGCCGGCACCUCAGCCCCGAGCCGCCGCGCAGGGCAGCUACAAAGUUGCCUGAAAUCCCUUUGCUUAGCAACGGGCUCUUUGCCUUGGGCCAUCUGCCCAAGUUCUGGGAAGCAAUCCGCUCGGGCUGGAGCACCCCCGAGCCCGUCGACAAACCCUCGAGCUGGUGGUAACAUUGACCUCAACCAUGACAUGGGCACGUGUCCAUCAGGCUGCAGUUGCGGAAAAUAAAUUGUGGCAAAAUGCUC